CGUGCAGUAUACUCAUCCAUUUCCAGUUGUAUUUUUUUAUUGUAAGCAAUUCGUCAGUUCAGUUUCUAAAUAAAUAUUCACGAAAAAUUUUUGCUUUUAAAACAACGGGACACUAAUGCUGAACCAAAAUGGAAUUAGAAGAUACAUUGUUUUCCACAAGUGAAUAUGUCCAAACGCAUACGGGCAAUAAGGUUAGUCGUCAAUCCACUUUGUGUGGAUCUCAAAAUAUCAUCUUAAAUGGGAAAAAUAUUAUAAUGGGUGAAAGUAUGAUACGUGGCGAUCUAGCUAAUGUCAGAAUGGGACAGUACUGCAUUCUGAGCAAGCAGUCAGUAAUCCGCCCACCAUUCAAGAAAUUUGCAAAAGGAGUUGCAUUUUUUCCUCUUCAUGUUGGAGACCAUGUGUUCAUUGGUGAAAAUACAGUUGUAAAUGCAGCUGUUGUGGGCUCUUAUGUGUACAUUGGGAAGAACUGUGUUAUUGGAAGGCGAUGUAUUUUGAAAGACUGUUGCAUGAUUGCAGAUGACACUGUUCUUCCUCCUGAAACAGUUGUGUCUCCAUUUACCAUAUAUGCAGGUUCUCCUGGACAUUGCAUUGAAGAAUUGCCAGAAGCCAUGCAAGAUUUAAUGAUUGAUUACACUAAAAGUUUCUAUCAGCAUUAUAUUCCAGAUAAAGAUGUCUCUGGUGUUAAUUCAAUCAAUCUUGGAACAAGGAAAUGAAUAACUAAAUUUACAGAAUUGUAAAACCAUCUUUACCAUUAAAAAACCUGUAAAUCUUUUUGCUGAGCUCUGGCCCUACUUUCCUCGAUGUAGAAAGUGGUCCAGCAUGUCGCCGAAUCUAUCAAAAGAUGCGAUAGAGUAAUCCACUUUCUUUUUUACUAAUCGAAGUUACCGGUAUAUCCUGAAGUAGAAGCGACGCCUCCUUAUCAUUUUUGCACAUCUUGUAAGCCUAAAUAAUUUCAUAAGUUAACUUUA